CCGUCCCGCUAACUGACGUAUUUACGAUCGGACUUUCUCGAUGAAUUGGUUUUAUUUUUCAGUGUUUACAUUCAGUGAAAAGAAAGUGACUUGUUUAUCUAGCUAAUUAUCUAUAAGUGUGUUUGACGCUUCUGUUCUACAACCAUUCGGAACAUGUAAUUUACACUCGACAUGGAAGAAGGUACUACUUGUGUAGAAGAUACCGUAUCCCCAGCGGGAGUCACUCAAAACAGUGAAAUUUCUGAACAACAACAACAACAACUCGACGAAUCGAAAACCGAAACUGAUAUCUCCGUAAAUCCUGAAAAUAUAAGUUCUAUCAAAGAUGAAGAAAGUGAAAUUAAAGAGGAUACUGAUCCGAACAAGGACGAAAGCGGCGUGGUCGUGGAUACUGCAGAACAAGAACCUUUAACUGUUUUUAAGCAGUCGUUAGGGGAGCAAGACGCGUGUGAAACGAAUGAAGAUGCGAGAUCACUGGGAGACCUCGAUAGCUUGCCGGCAGGAGACGAGCUGGCGCUCGGUGCUGCGGGCAGCGAUAGCGGCGUCGAAGGUUGCGGCCGCGCACUCAGCAGUGGUGGAGGAUCGAGAUCGUGCGCUUCUAGUGUUGUGUCGUGUGGUUCGGGCUGCGGCUCUGAGAGUUCCUCGUUGGCGGGCGCACCUCCCCUACCUCGUCGACGAGUAAAUGUAAACGUUCCCGAUCCGAAACGAAGUUCACCUAUCGGUUCAUCCACGCCACGACCGGCUACUGCACCUCGCGGACCGAACUUGGCCACUAGAGAACGUGCAAGAAGCAGAGAGAAACCAACUUUGCCAGAGAAGCCUCGACCGCUCACCCCUAAACCUCGAAUCAGACCUAAUGGAGAUCUGCCGAAUCUUGUUAGAGAAAGUCCCGCAUUGCGCGCAAAGCCAACCAAAACCUCAUCGGCUCGAUGUCGCACCCCUAGCUCUCCAUGUGAAGAAAAAAGGUGGCCAACCAAUGGACCGCGACUGACGCCGAAUCCAGAGAACACUGUAACUCGGUCCACCUCAGAUAAAUAUGCUACUUUGCCUCGGAGAAAACGUGAGACGGACGCCGAAGGUUCACCUAAACAUGAGACAACACCACCAACGUCGAGGAGACCGACUGUUUCCAGGUCGGCAUCUUCACGCUGUGCCAUAAAAACUCGCGUGCGGAUAUACGCAGAGAGGACCUCCCAGACAGUACUCUUGGGAACGGACGUUGAAGCGGCGCUCGCGGGCAUCGUGCCAAAUAUAGAAACAAAGCUCGCGGUAUCCCGGUGCGAGCGCGGCGUGCAGGCGAGCACGCGCGGCGCGGAGAGCGCGCGGCUGUCGGCGCUGCAGGCGGAGUGCGCGGAGCUGCGGGCGCGCGCCGCCGCCGCCGACGCGCAGCUGCGGGCCGAGCGCGCCGCGCGCCUCGCCGCCAUCGCGCAGCUCGACGACAACACGCGCCGACUGCUCGAGCUCGCCGGCGCAGCAGGCGCGGACGCCGGAGCGGAGGGCUGCCUGCACGCGCUGGGCGAACAGCUGCGGUCCGCUGGGGAGCUGGCGGCCAGGCAGCGGGCGGAGAUAGACGCUCUGCGCGACCACUGCAAUAAGCUGCAAAUUGAGUGGUGCACGUCCCGCCAGCGCGCGACGGCGGCCGAGGCGCGGCUGGUGGAGGCGGAGCGCGACGCCGCCGAGAUGCACGACUUCCUCGCCGCCGAGACCGCCGCGCUCGCCGACUCGCUCAGGGACGCCGACCGACAGCUCGUCGCCACCAACGCCGAGCUCGACAAGAGACGUGCGGAGUGUCGGCAGCUGGUGCGGCUGUGCGAGCAGCGUCGCCAGGAGGCGCUGUGCUGGGCGGCGCGGGUGCGCGGCGGCGCGGCGGGCGCGGGCCGGGCGCUGCUCGCGCUCUCCCGCCGCCUGCAGCGCCUCACGCGCGCGCUGCUCGCCGCCUACGGGCUGCCCCCCGACCUGCUGCAGCCCACCGUCUACCACAACGACGCCUUCAGUCGCAGUGACAGCGGCGAGGCCGGCACCCCGGAGGAGGAGGGGCGCGGCGGGCUGCUGGCGGCCAUCGCUCGCGCCGUGCGGGCCGCGCCGCCCAUCGCCACCAGCAUCGCCCAUGCCGCCGCCGCGCACGCCGCCGCCACCCCGCACGACGACGACGCCUCCGACGACAACUCCGCCGACCUACUCGACUCCGAAACUGAACCCUGUCUCGUUACGGACCCCGAUUGCGUCGAGGACUGGUGGUCCGGGCCGGAGGGGGCGGACGGUAUCGGCAUUUCUAGCGGAGACGAACUGUCGCCGGAGAGAGACUCUGUGGACUUUGAGAAAGAGGUGGAGUCGGGUUCGGAGUCGCUGCGCACGCUGUCGGCCGCCAUCGCGCACCGGCAGCGCUGCGAGGCGGAGGAGCCGGAGCGCGACGUGCUGAUGCGGCGCGUGCUGGCGCUGGACGACACGCUGUCCCGCCUGCUGGGCGCGCUACGCUUGGCUGCCGCGCACCACGACAAGCAGCACGACGCCACCCUGCUCAGCGCGCUCAGAGAAAAAAUAGACGUAACAGAAAAAAACGUGGCGGACGUGGUAGUGAAGAAGCUGGCUGAACUCGACGCAAGUAAGAAUAUGAUGGAGCAGUACCGACAGUCGGUCGAGACGCUCAAAAAUCAACUGGCACAUCACGAUGAAGAGGACGAUUUGGAUCUAAUCGAAGAGGAGGCGUGGUCGUACGGCGACGUCUCGCGGGCGGAGUGUGCGGGCGCGCUGUGCGGCGCCGCGGCCGCCCUGCGCGCCUCGCGCUGCGCCCGCCUCGCGCCGCUGUCCGCGCGACUGCAGCGCCUCGCCGCCGCCCUGGCCGCGCCCUCCGCCCUCUAGCGGCCGCCCCAUACAUCACUUCCAAUGCCAAAGCGAUAACGAUACUAAAUGAAAUUCUUUUCAAUAAAAACAAAAAUCCUAACUGGAUAAAAGCGUUAGUUCCUCAAUGGAAUUUCGAAUUUUAAGUGGCAAUACUUUAAUUAUUAAUUAAUUGAAAAUGCAAUUUCGAAAAGGGCACAUGUCGCAUAUUUUGUCAAAUACGUUUU